CCGAAACAAGACGUGGUGCGUGUACACCGUUAUGUUAUAUACAAUGUCGCGUACACGAACAAUCGCCCGGAUGAUUUUUUAAGAUAGCGCGGCGUUUUGAACUUCUCGCGUGGCGAGAAUCGAACAUGAUGAAAAACCGCGGAGGGUGGAGUUUCGAGUUGAUCGUCGUAACGUAAUCGACGCGGCAAAGAGAAGGAGUCAACGAGAAAGGCGGAAGUAAAAGAAAAAAAGAAAAAGAAGAAAAAAAGAAAAAAAAAAGAAGACAAACGGCAAACCCGUAAAGAGAAAACAAUUUCCGAGACGGUGAAUUAUUAAUCGUCGCGAAAGAGUGGAAAUGUACGUGAGUGGAUAUGAAAGUUUCACGAUGAACUGAGAGAACCUCCCUGCGACCACUGACUACGCGAUCUUCAGUAAUCGCAAGCGACGGAACGAAAGUGCACACGAGAGUCUUAGCUCUCAGCGGUUACUUUCAAACCGGCGGAAUCGCGCGCAAUCGAUCGAUAUAGCUUCGACGAUAAUUAUCGAUCGUCGAGAACUUACUUAGGUUGUGUUUUCUCGACCGUCGCGUAUCGCUAUGUGGCUCACAACUCCGCGAAAAUCUUCAACGACCCCGAAGAAACUGUCGUGUCGAAUUCGCGCGUGGAGAAGCGCGACAGGUCGAGGACCUUGCACGAGCAGUGUGUGCAAGCGAAGUGGACGAUAGGUGGAAAGUUUCGCGGCACGCGGCAUACCGCCUGUCGAAAGUUUCGCCAUAAUCAUUUCCGGACGCGUUAUCGUCUACGUGGCGGUUGCUACAAGGGAUACUCAUCUUGUAGAAGUGUAUGCACCCUCGCGGCGACGGACCAGAUUGUGUGUCUUAGAGAGAAAAGCUCCGGUUAAACCGCUGUUAUCCCCCGGUAUUUUAUCUUUCUCUGAGUCGAUCGCGCGUAGUGAGCGGCAAACGGAUUGAAAUCUCAAACUAAUCGGCUGAUAAGCCGCCGAUAUCGUUUCGCCGCAAAUGCGAUUGUGAGCAGUGCGCGGUUCAAAGGUCAUAACGAAAUAAAGUGUUCAAGAGAAAAGAAAUAUAUAGAAAGAAAAAGAGAGAGAGAGAGAGAGAGAGGGAAGAGAAAAACAUUAUUUUGUGUCAUGUGAGUGGUGGAUGGUGAUAGAAGCGAUCUCAUGUGGAUGAUGUGAAUCUUUUCAGUAUCAAAGUGCAAACGUCUCCAGAAACAGUCGCGGAAAUGGCUCUGAGAUGGCAAGCGAGGCUCUCGAUUGCUGCCAUACUCUUCAUGUGCACGGAAGAUACGCUGAGUCUGGGAGAUCGAACGAUAGAUAACAUGGACAGGCACGCGAUUCAGGCCAGACCACGACAACAAUUGCUGGAUCAUUCUUCCGGCCUGAAGUCGAAACCGGAACCCACCUUCGACUUCUCGCAAAACACCAACGUGACGGCGCUGAUCGGGAAAACUGCAUACCUCACGUGCCGAGUUCGCCACCUGGGCGACAAGACUGUAUCUUGGGUCAGACACAGAGACAUUCACAUCUUGACGGCGGGAGCGUAUACGUACACGAGCGAUCAGCGAUUUCAAGCACUGCCCAAACAACCCAUAGGCCACAACAGCGAGUGGUCCGAGUGGACCCUCUGCAUAAAGUGGGCGCAGGAACGAGAUCAGGGGAUCUACGAAUGUCAGAUUUCCACCAUACCCGUCAAAUCGCAUCAGUUUCGCUUGAACGUCGUUGUACCGACGGCGACGAUACUGGGCGGACCCGAGCUUUACGUCGGUGCAGGGAGCACGAUAAACCUGACGUGCGCCAUACACUUCAGUUCGGAACCGCCAGCCUACAUCUUCUGGUACUACAAUAAGAACGUCCUGAGCUACGACAGUCCCAGGGGCGGCGUCUCGGUGAUAACCGAGAAAGGUAGCGACGUCACCACCUCUUGGCUUCUUAUUCAGACGGCGCAACCCUCGGACUCCGGGGAGUACAGCUGCAAGCCCAGCAACGCCAAUAUGGCGUCCAUCAGGGUUCAUGUCUUAAAUGGCGAGCGACCGGAAGCGAUGCAAACCGGGACCGCGGGGCCGAUACUGUCCUCGAGUUGUCUAUUGGUGUCCCUCAUCAUUUUGUACAUAUCUUCGGUGUAAACAAAAAAAAAAACAGAAACGGCGCCAGAGUUCACAUCCGUUGCGGUAUGUUCCUCUUCUUGUGUCUACACGAAUGCGUUUUCACGUUUCCCACACGGGAUGCGAUCGUGGGGGCGACUACGAGUUUCUACAAAAAAAACAAUUCAAAACUGAUCAAGACAGUGCGUGUGUUUUAAGUUAACAUACUGCAACGUAAUUCACGAUGAUUUUAUGAGGAAAAGAAAAAAAAACAACCAAAAAACUGCCAAGUAGGGAAAACUAGCGUUUCUUCUAUAUUGAAAGCAGCAGAGCUUUCAAUUAUUAUAUAUAGCUCCUUACGAAAGCAUCGUGAAUUACGUUUUGUUAGGUGUCAGAUUACAAAAAGAGAGACAGAGCUGAGAGUGUGCGAAAAUGUAGCGAACGUGUGCGAAUUUAUAAACCGCUCACAGAGAAUACAAAAGUCCUUCAAAUCUAUUUCUUCUCAACGGACGAUGAUGUCGCCUGAAUUAACUUGGUUUCUUCCUCUGCGAAGGGAAACGCAUUCUUUUGUGCGCCACUAGUAAUCAACGUGUACCAAGAAAAUAAAGACGAAAAAACUGGAGAGUGUGUGUGCUUUCGUCGUCGUCGUUGUCGUCGUCGCACGCGCGAUGGAAUCGUGCGCGCUACCGAUGUGAACGCAGUCAUGAGAGAGAGAGAGAGAGAGAGAGAGAGAGAGAGAGAGAGAGAGAGGAGAGAGAGAGAGAAUGUCUUUCAGCGGAGAGACAUUUAGUUAAGCAAACGUCAAUGCUAAUGCCGGAAGCGCGGGCGCUUCGUGGUAAAUCUGGUGUAGGGAAGAACCCGUCUUAUACAAACGGGACGGAGGGGAAACGCCCCCUCGCGAAAGGAGGGACGAAAGGGUUGGGCCCCCUCUCGAUAAUCCAGGUAAUCCCCAUCGAGAGAAACCGAUUUACGAGAAGCGUAAAGGCGAGGAGCGAUUGCCUUACGUUUCCACGAGCGGUCGAAUCUAGGAAAUGCAAGCUACGUGGAUGGGAUUCAAUGGAAAAUAAAACGUGACCGGAGUGCUCAAUCUGGCAAUUUUUCGUAUUUCAUAAAAUUGCCACGCGAUAAUCGGCUACGUACGUACGUACUCGCCGAUCGCCGUCUUUGGUGUUCUGGCGACGAAGAAAUUUUAUCGCGCGCUUUGCCGAUUCGACACAGGCCGUUCUUCGAGUAAUUAGUUUAGAGUUUUUUUCUUUUUUUUUUUUUUUAUCACACACGAGUUUGUUCGAGUUAAUUUUCAACAUUCUCGUUUUAGAGAAUUAUUACACAUUUCGCAAUUGUGUGUCGAUAAAAUCUCAUUUGGCACACUUCUGAAUGAUGUUUACUGAUUAUGACAGACGCAUUUCUCUCGCUCGCAUCAUGGAAAACGCAUCUAAUUUGCGCUCGCGCGCUUCAUUAUUGAAUUGACGGAGCGGAGAAUUAAAUGCAAUCGGCGUGAAUUCAGCUCAAGUAGUUUAUUGUCACGCAUUUCGAUUAUGUCCUAAUUUUCAAUUGUCCUCGAUUAGCCAUUUAUUAAUGCGCAACGGUGAGCAACACGCAGUUAAAUCACUCGACAAUCGUCAAUCUUUGCUUUUGUUGUUUUAAUGAUCAUGCUUUCAAGUGUACAAAGAUUACAUUGCACAAAAUGCAAGAGGUAUUAAGAAGGAUGGAGUUAAUACGUUUUGACUCUUCGAUGAAAAUUGAAAGCCAAACGCAAAACUGCAACAUUGAAAAGACCUCUUCGAUACAAUGCGCCAGAAAUAAUUGGACGUGGUUUUACCGGUGCUACGUACGAUCAGACGUCAGUGGAAAGCAAUUAGCGAAUGUACGUAGUAAAUAAAUGCUACAUACGCGCGCGCGUAAAAGUUAAUCUUAUGAUCGCAAAAUAAACGGGAAUAAAAUGGCUGAAUAAUUGAGCGGGAGUCUACCCGCGCGCACGGCAAUUGAAUAUAAUAAUCGCCAACGUUUAUUGCGAACCACGCAUAAAUAAACAUUUUAUCAAUGAAAACGCGAUGGCAAAAGCGCGAUUUAAAUUUCGACUCGAUGGAUUGACCAUUUGUUAGCUUCGAGAAAUUGUGCGCAAUCAUUACAAAUUUUUGUUUCUAUUCUGCAGUUAGUUGCGUCGGUUGUUUAUACACUCAAUGAUUGUUAUAUCUCGUUACGUUCCCCAUUGUGUGUAAAUACAACACAAAACAAUAAAAACAUUUCGCCCUCUGUUCCAAUUGAUAAAAGCACGCAAUUUUGACGAAAAGUUUUAAUUUGUAAUGUUUUUCUAAGUUACAAACGCGAAAUUAAAUACUAAUUUUGUAAACAAUACGUAAUACUUUAAUUAUUUCCUUUUUUUUUCUAAUAAUUAUUCUGUCCGUCAAACAAUGCGAAAUUUUGAUGUUACGUUGAACGUAACAGCAUUUUUUGGAACUAUGGUUAAUUUAAUUCCACCACGCUUGAAACUUCGCCGUGUGCACAGCGUGUUCUAAUUAAACUCACUAAUAAUACGCGAGAGGAAGAUCGUAACAGGAUCUCCUCUGAGAUCGACAGUAUCGGGGUACGGUAUCAAUGCGACGUUAUCUCUCGGUGUAGUUUCAGCGAGUGCGCUGGUUCGUCGCCGGUAAGCCAGAAGUAAUUGAUCAAACGUCGAGCACUCCCGUCAUCGUUUGUCCCGACAUCGUCGCCGUAACGAUUGCAUCGCCAUGGCACAAACGGAAGGAAAGGCCGAGAGACAGGGUAAUACGCAUAUGAGGUAAACACGAGAGGUGAGAUUGAGAAAGACGGAAAGACGGAACGUCAGAGAGUCACACUACA